AUGUUUCCUAAAAAUGAUAUUAGUAAUAUUGGCACUCAAGUCUUUGCACAAUAUAAAAAAAUGUAUGAAGAAAUCUGUUAAAGGUUAAAAUCAGAAAAAGAAGCUUAAUUUUAUGAACUUGAACUAUGGAAGGAUAAAUAUAAUGCUCUCUAAAAAACAUUUGAAUCUCUUAAUUAAUCAAAAGACAAAUAAGGUGUAAAAAUUAAAUAAGAUUUGAAUGAUCCUAGGACUUUGAAUUAAGUACCAAAAAUAUCUGGACAUCAAUAAUUAAAUUUUUAACCAAAUGCAGAAAAGUAAUAUUUUUAGAUAAAAAUUCAAUAACUUAAUGAUCAAAUAGCCAAAUAAAAAAAAUAGAUUUAAGAUUUAAAUGAUAAAAAUGAAAAGCAUUCGAUUGAUAAUAAAAAACUAGAAAUUGAAUAUAAAAUAUAUUCAGAUUAAUUAAACCAACGUAGAAAAUCUUCUUAACAUUAAAUAAGUGAUUAAUAAAUGCUUCAAUAUGAGGAUAAUAUAUAAAAGCUUAUUUAAAAAAUUGAGGAGAUGAAAAAGGAGAAAAAUAAUUAAGAAAAAUAACUAGAAAAAUUAACUAAAGAAAACUAAGUUUUAAAUUAAACUAAUGAUGAAUUAAGAAAGAGUAUUCAUGAUCAUGAUAAGGGUUAAUAGUAAAAAAAUUAGUAUUAAUUGCAAUUAAGUGAAUUAGGAUUAAAAAACAGUCAGCUAUAGAAAUUAGUCAAAGAUUUAGAAAAAUAAUAAUAGCAUCAAUAGGAUAUAUCAUAAUAAACUGCUAAAUAAAUAGAAGAGAAACAAAAUGAAAUCGAAUCGCUUAAAAUGAAGAUUUAAGAAUAUUAAAAAGAACUAUCAAAUCUAAAUCAACUCUAAGGUGUUUAUGAUGAAUAAUAAGAACAACUUUAGUAGUUAGCUUAAAUGAUAAAAAAGUUAGAAGAAAAACUUUAGGAAUCUGCAAAUUCAAAAUAAAAUGGAUCAGAUAAGAAAUAAUUAUCAUCAAAAUAUGAUUAAUUGUAUUAAUAGUAUACUGAUCUGUAAACUUAAGAUAUUAUGAAAUAAGAAUGGCUUACUCUACAAAAAACUUAACUUGAAGAUCUCAAAUAAGAGAAUGAAUAAUUAUGUUAUAAAAUUGAAGAAGUCCAAAAAUAAAAUAAAGUCUUGAUCAGUCAAAUCGAAAUGCAAAAUGAAGACACGAAAUUAUCAUUUAGUUAAUUACAAGAUUAAGUUAUUUCAUAUCAAUAAAUUGUCACUGAUAAGAAUGAAGAAAUUCAUUAAUUAAAAUUAGAAGUAUCAAAAUAAAAAUGUCAUUUAUAAAACGAAGAUUAUGAAGAAAAGAUAAAGUAACUUAAUAAUUAAUAUGAAAAGUUAGAGUCAGAAUCAAAAAUGAAAAUAGAAUGGAUGGAAAUUCAAAAUGAAGAACUUGAAGAAACUAUUAAUGAAUAUGAAAAGAAAAUAUCAAAUUUAGUAGAACAAUUAAGUCAAUCAAACAAAAGCAAUACAGGAGGAGACAAUAAUUAAUAGAAAGAUUUACUUUACAAUCAAUUAAAGGAAAGCGUAAAGGAAAGAGAUUAUUAUUACAAUUAAUAUGAAUAAUUUUUAGAAUUGGCUGAAAAAAAGGAUAAAAUAAUUGAGGAAUAAGUUAAAAUAUUAACAGGAAACAAGCUAGAGUUAUCACAACUUAAAGUUCAAUUAUCAUAAAUGAAUGAAACAAGCAAAGAUUUGAAAGAGAUGAAGGCUUUUUAUGAGUAAAAGGUUAUAGAAUAGGAAAAUAUAAUUUAAAAUUUAUAAUAAUAACGAAAAUAAACAUCAGAUUAAGAAUAUUAUGAAAAAAUGAAUUAAAUAUUGUAAGAGAACGAAGAACUUAGAUAGUUGAGAAGUGAAAAUUAAGAAGAAUUGAAUAAAAAAGACCAAUUGAUUGAAGAAUUAUAAAUGUAAAUGCUCUCAUAGUCAUAAGUAACUGGAAGUUCAGACUUAUAAGAAAGAAAAAGAAGGCAAGAAUUGUUGGAUAAAGUAAAAGAAGAUAAAUCUGAAAAGUCAGGAUCUUCGAAUGUGUAAUUGAAAAAGAAUUAUGAGAUAUAAACAAAAGAAGCAAAUGAAAAAUAAUCUCCAAAUUUAGAUCAAACUUAAGAUUAAUCUAAAUCUUCAAAACCUAAAAGUGCUGAAAGUUUAGAUUUUCAAGAUUGA